GUUAUAUUUUCCUGUCAUAUUCAAAAUAUUUUGCGCUAGUCGGGAUGGCCUGUGUACGAAGUCUCCCUACUCUGUCUUUUUCAGUGGAUAUUAACUUUAAGUCCUUGGAAGAUGUUGGAAUUUAUGUCGAAACUUCCGUAGCUGAAUAUAAACGCAAGAUAGUGGUUGGAGUUACGGGAUCGUUGGCUGUCCUUGGACUAUGGAAUCCUGAAAAAGCUUUGUUUUGCGAUCGUCAGUCUGAAAAUACUAAUAAUACUGAAACAUGGCACUGUUGUCUCACACUUCAAUCACUGUCUGCGUUCCAAUACCGUUUUUUCUUGGCAGAAUUAAUUGAAAAUAUGGGUGAAAAUCCCGUCUCACUAAGUCUGAAGAUUUUAGCAUGGGAGUCCCGGCUAAAGCCUAGGGAAUUCACUCCAACAGACAAAGAUACAGAGAUUCAUACGGAAUUCGGUGUUUUGGAAAAUGGAAACUUCGUUCAGCGUGGCUGGUUGAUGUCAAACUCUGAGAUUCAUAUUCGCAUGUCAAGUACUUCCUGCAAAUUCUUCAAAAACGACGUUUUCACUCCUCACACUCAGCUAUUUGUUGCAUGCUCUAGAUAUGUAUUGCAACCCAUGUCUAUCGAUGAUGAAGAUAAUGAAACGCGUGUAACGCCAAAUAAGCCUGAAUGCUCACAAAAGGAAGAUACCUUGAUCUACCAAACUGGUUCUUCAACUCGUAAACUUUCAUGUCUACAGUACCCGUCUUCAAGUAGAACAUCAUACUCUAGUGUUGUUAGUCGAUCCUAUCCAGUUCCAAUGUCCACUUUGGAAAUCAAUCGCUGCCGUAUUCAUAGAGGUGAACAACCAGAAUGUUGUGGUACACUUUAUAAACUUGGAGAUGAUGUAACUUUCUUCAUUGAAACGUCAGAUGUGGAGAACACUUCAGUAGAAAUACAAUUCUAUCAACAACAUUUAGAGUCCUCAGGGAAUGAUAGUGAGUUCUCUUUAUUAUUCAACUGAGAUUGGGUGCGAUGACUAUUUUUGGUACUGCUUUGUCUUUCUUUAGAUCGAAACGUAAUCAGACGUCAAACCGAUGGUUUUAAGUAUUGUGUGUCAAGCAGUAUUUUUAUGAAUGUUAGCCUGUCAAAAUUUUCACACUAAAGCCUCAAUACAAUCCUACAAGGUAUCGAACCCAGUUUCGUCAGGCCUGCUACCCAUUGCUAUGAAAACAGUUAUUUCAUGUUUCCAACUUUACUGUUAUUGCUUGGUUGUAAUGAGUUUCACUGGUGUGAUGGCUGUCCCACUCUCGGUAUCGUUGAUUUCGUUUAAAUCUCUUCAGGCUAAAAUUAGUUCAUCUACUCCAUUAAAAUUUAUUGGUUCUGCUCGUUUUGGUCCAUUCGUUGAUACGUACGGACGUAAAGCUGCACAAAUUCUGAAUUCAUCAUUAGCUCCAGUGGGAGAUCUUCGAGUACGUUAUCUUAUUAUCUAUCCAAUGAUUAAACCACUUAGUCCAUGUUUAGAAGUUACUUAUCAACAUCAUUGGAAGAAACGUGCAUCAGCCGUAGAUAUUGGUCAUCGUGGUAUGGGUACAUCAUUUUUUCAACCAGAAGAAAAACAAUAUAAAAAAUCACCGACAACUAGAGAAAAUACAUUGGAUUCGUUUCGGACGGCUGUCCAACAUGGAGCUGAUUUUGUUGAAAUGGAUGUCCAACUAACUAAAGAUCAUCAUGUUGUUGUUUAUCAUGAUUUUGAUGCUGUAGUCAUAUCAAAAAAGAAAAGGGGUGGUCAAUUAUGUUAUUUGCGUGUAGCUAUUAAAGAUUUAAAUUAUAAUGAUCUACGUGAAUUAAAUGUUCGUCAUUCAAGUGUUUUAAAAGAAAGUCAUACUCAUGAAAAAAUGAAUGAAGAAGAUCUAGAUCCAAUAGAAUUACAACCAUUUCCUUUAUUACAUUCAUGUUUUGAAGAAAUUGAUUCAGAUCUUGGUUUUGUCAUUGAAGUGAAAUAUCCUAUGGAUCUUAAAGAUGGCAGCUCAGAAAUGGAUCAUUUCUUCGAGUACAACUUUUAUGUCGAUACUAUCCUACGUGAAAUCUUAACACAUGCUGGUAAAAGACGUAUUUUAUUAUCAUGUUUUGAUCCAAAUGUCUGUGUCAUGCUUCAGUUAAAACAACAAAUUUAUCCAGUCUUUCAACUUGGGAUAUCCCCGGAAUAUGCAGAUACUCGACAUGCUGACUUUCAAAGUUUAUUUUGGUCUGCAUUAAGUCAUCAACUCUUGGGAGUAUGUUUAGAAAGUGAUCGUUUAUUAAAAGUCCCAGGAAUUAUUGCAUUAGCACAUUCACAUAAACUAGUUGUAUUAGCAUGGGGUGAAGCUGUAAACAUACCGGAAAAACGUAUAUUACUCACACAAUUGGGUGUAGAUGGAAUUAUCUAUGAUUGUGUAAACGAAAAUAAAGCUAAAGGUACACUAAGUGUAUUUAAACGUGAACGAUUCCUUGAACUUGGAUUAUCAUCAGCAUCAACACCAUCAUCACCUACAGAAACAACAAAACUAGUACCAUGUUUAUCAUCAUUAUCAUUAAUUGAUAAUCAUGACAAUAUCAAUCAUAUUCAUUUUAAUAAUAAUAAUAAUAAUGAUUUAGACAGAAACAAUUCAAAUUCUCAAAGUAAUUUAGCUUUAGAUCAACACUGUAACAUUACAGAUCGGCUAAUUUUAUCUACCCAACCUACUACUGAGAAACUAUCAACAAUAGUAACUGAUUGUCACACUAAUAUGUGCUGCAAUUCAACAUCGUCAGCUUCAAUGACCAGCAAUCGUAUUGAUAAUAAUAAUAAUAAUGAUAAAAAUAACAGUAGUAUUGUCUCCUUAGUGAAUGUUAAAUCAAAUGAACAAGUAGUAGGUCCGGUAGAAAAUUGUACAAAUCCAAUAUUACAAACAACAUCUGUUAGUACUAUUCCGUUAGAUAAUAAUGACAGCAUUCAUAACAAGUUAUCAUCACCGACUUCAGAUACAUCAUCACAACAACAAGAGCCAACAUCACCACCAAAACAACAAACUAAUGUACCACUUAUAACAUUCGCUUAAAUAUAAAAUUCAACUCAAGAAUACUAACUACUGAUAUUAGUCAGAGUAAUAAUAAUGAUACUGAUGAUAACAUUCAUUGUCAAAACAAAGAGACAUUUCAAAAAUGUGCAUAAUUUUCUUUAGUUUAUUUCCUCUACUAAGUAAAACAUACUUGAGCAUUGUGUUUCACUAUUCUGGUUAAUUAAUUACUUCUCAUCAUUAAUUAUUGUUUCAAUCGUUUAGCUUGUCGCACAUAUAUAUAACACAGAUAUAAAUUCACAUUUCCCGCCUUCUUUUGUUCUUUCAAUGUCAUCACUUAACAGUUUUCUUCACUUAUGUAUUUUGUAAUAUAUAUAUAUAUAUAUAUAUAUAUAUAUAUAUAUAUAUAUAUAUUGCACUGAUAAUGAUAGUGAUGGUCAGAUGCAUUUUAAGACGGUUUAGCUUUUAAUAGUCUGUAUAACAUAAUAUUUUAUUGAUGAAUGUUUACAUUCAAUAUGUACAUAGAGAUUUGUACUCGCUCAAAUAUGAAAGAAAACAGAACCGACUACAAUAUAAUCUAUUACUUUCUAAUGAAAAGUUCUUAGUGUUGUUGUUUGUUUGUUUUUUCAGCUUUCUGUAUUUUUCAACUCAUUUCCAUAUCUUAUUAUUUUUAUUUCAUCUUCAUAGUUAAAGCAAAAAUGAAAUAGUACGUAUGAAUAAUGCAGAAAGAUAAUUAAUUUUGUAUUUUAUCUAAGCUUAUUUCUGCUUGAUUAGUUUAUUCAUUUUGUUAUUUGGUAAAAUUUACGUAAUAGAAACA